AUGGUUUUCUGGGAAGGAUAUUAUCGGUUGCAUACUAGGAAAGACGAGGAAAAGAAGAAUUUGGUUCCCUUUUCAACAGUUGUGAAGGGUGUUUUGCUUCAGCAGCUUGUUCAGGCAAUUGUUACUCUCUUCUUGCCUGGCCUCUAUAUACUCGAAGAGGUUCAAGUUAAGGAAUUAAAGUAUAGAAUAGAAGCCAUUAUAUUGCUAGAGCUUGGCUAUUGCUUCUUAAAUGAUUUGACCACAACGACAAAAGCAUCUGGGGUUGUAGAGCAACCUUCUAUCGCCAAGCAAAUCUUGCAGUUCCUUAUUGCGAUGUUUGUCAUGGACACAUGGCAGUACUUUGUCCAUCGGUACAUGCAUCAGAACAAGUUUUUAUAUCGCCAUGUCCACUCUUGGCAUCACACACUGGUUGUUCCGUAUGCAAUAGGAACCCUUUACAAUCACCCCAUUGAGGGUCUUCUACUUGACACUAUAGGUGGUGCCAUCUCAUUUCUUAUCUCAGGGAUGACUGCAAGAACAGCAGUUAUGUUCUUCUGCUUCACUAUGGUGAAAGCUGUUGAUGAUCACUGUGGACUAAGGUUGCCUGGCAACAUCUUCCAUUUGUUUUUCCAGAACAACACAGCUUACCAUGACAUCCAUCAUCAACUGCAAGGGCUGAAGUACAAUUAUUCUCAGCCAUUCUUUUCCAUAUGGGACAAACUUCUUGGGACAUACAUGCCUUUCAAUCUUGUAAAGAGGCCUGGAGGGGGGUUUGAGGCAAGGCUAGCAAAGGAAUAG